CUCGGUUGCCCACCUCGACCUGCAAACCCUAACCCUAGCUCGGUUCUCUCACCCCCCGCAACGCAUCGAAACCCCUCGCUCCCCGACCGAUGGGGAGGAGGAAGGAGCGCCGCCUGGCGGCCAAGGCCGCGGCGGGUCGCAGGGUCAAGCUCGACCUCUUCCUCGAUCCCUCCCCUGGGGAGGCAUCACAGAAAGAGGGUAUAGGAGGUGAAAUCCGUGACCAACAGACUGUGGUUCCCACUUCACCAUCUUCUUCAGGUGGGUUUCAUCAAUUUCCUUCCAAGGGAUAUGUAAAGAAGACAUGCCUAUGGAUUAUGGAACAUAAAUAUGGUGGAAAUUUGGAUUUGUUGUACAAGCAUGUAUGCGCUCCGCAUGUCUGGUUCUGAGAUACAUGUAGGGUUGCCGGCCUGCAAGGAACAUUGAGUAAAUUCUUCAGACCGAGCUGCCACUGUCAAAAUUGAGUGAAUGCCUACGGGUAAUUUCCCAUUUGGCAGCAUCUAAGCAUGGGGAUUUCAGGAUGUGAUUGUUCCCUCCUCGAUAAAAAGGAGAAUCCUCUAGCAUUGCUUGGGCAAUAUAGUGAUGAUGAAGAGGAGGAUGAGGAGGCAGCAGAUCAACCCACUGGUGAAGCUAAGCGGAGUCCAGGGGAUGCAAGUGCUCAGGUAACUAUUGAGCGUGCUGACACAGCUGGUGAUGCACAAACUGAACCAUUAGUUUCUGUUGGUGAUCAACAAGAAGCACCUGAAACUGGUGAUGUUAAGAACUACACUCAAAGUGUUACUGAAGAAAACACUCUUGCUCCUGAGCCAACUCUGCAAGAAGAGAGUGCGAUAGCAGCUGAAUCUGUUCCUGAUUCAUCUGGCAUGCAAAUUGUUGGUGAUAUUGGUGGAAAUUGGAAAGCAAUAAUGCAUGAACAGAGUAAUCGGUGUUAUUACUGGAACACAGUUACUGGAGAAACUUCUUGGGAGAUGCCAAAUGGAUUAGCUUCAGGAGUUGCUUCUGAUGGAGUUGCAUCUGCAUCUGUUCCUACUCAUAUGGACUAUCCAUUAGAAGCUCAAGCCCAUGUCCUUCCCCAAAACAUUCUGGAAGCAUAUCCAAGCGACAUGUCUGUUGGUAACGCCACAGCAACUUAUGCUAAUUUUGGAAUGACAUGUGGAAGUGCACAGGUAACUCAAGAUGCUUAUGCUUAUGCACCUGCCGCGAGUCAUGAGUCUAUGGACAUUGAUCCCUUGUAUCUUGCAAAAUAUGGUGAGGAAUUGCUACAAAGAUUGAACCUGCUAUCAAGGCUCCAUGGCUCGAAUGAAGGUCUUGAAUUGUUAAGAAGAGAAAUUGAGAUACGAAUAUCAGACUGCAAUGCACUCUCAUCAUAUGGAUCUUCUUUGCUGCCUUUGUGGUUGCAUGCUGAGGUGCAUCUUAAGCAACUAGACUCUUCUGUUUCCAAGUUGGAAAUGAGCUAUCGUGUGGAUACAGAGCCUAGGGAUUCGAAGACAGAGGUUGCUGAACACAAGGCACCUAAUGAAGCUGAUAUGCUAGCACCCUCCAAUGGUGAGGCUUUGAAAUCUGAGCUUAGUGCUGGGAUUACUAUUGAUGAAAAUGUUAAGAUUGAAAAGCCAGCUUCAACAUCUUCUGCUCAGAGUUCACAAGAUAAAGAUGCUCCAGCAGUUACUUCAAAAGUCGAAUCUGACAAUGAUGAAGAUAUGGAUGUGGAAAUGGAAGUUGAUGAGGAUAGUGUUGAAGAGCAGGUGCAUUGCAGUUCUGUACCUAAUAAGGAGCAUCCUCCAUCAGAACAAGUGAGUUCAGCUGAUUUGCCCCCAUUGGAAGGUCCUACUCCUCCUGAGGAUAAUGAUGUCCCUCCGCCUCCACCAGAGGAGGAAUGGAUUCCACCUCCACCACCUGAUAAUGAACCAGCUCCUCCAGCUCCCCCAGAAGAGCCCGCUGCAUCAUAUAUUCAUGCUGAUACAAUUUCUCAGCCAUAUAUAGCUCAAGCAAAUGUUGGCUAUACACUUUCAGGAAUGGAGUACUAUGCUACUGUUGGUACUGAAGGAACACAUGCCAGUUACUAUAUGCAAGUGACUGAGCCCCAUCUUCUUCAAGCACAGCAGCAUUCUUAUUAUGCACCAGUAUCUGCAAGUGGCAUAUCUGUUCCUGUUGAUGGCACAUCUAUUGCCCCAGAAUCUUACUAUACCUAUCCUUCAGUCAGUACGGCUGCCAGUGGAAUAGCAGCUGAACAUUCUGGAUACUAUGCUUCAUCAACCUCUGCCAUUCCUAGCAGUGCAGCAGAUAUCAAAACAGGCUCAGCUCCUCUUGUUUCUGCAAAUAUCAAUUCGGAUCCCAAAGGGCCUGAUAAAGUUAUAUCUAAGGAUGCAAGUAUUGCGCCUUUGACCCAAGCUGCAGUAGCAACAUCAGCUGCAGGAACAUCAUCCGUAAUUGGAAGUUCUACACAGUCUUCUACUAGUACUACAAAUCAGACUAAAGUUAUUCGUAGCAAGAAGCGGGCUGUUGCUGUUACAUCAUCCCUGAGGUCUAAUAAGAAGGUUUCGAGCCUGGUGGAUAAGUGGAAAGCUGCAAAGGAGGAACUUCGCGAUGAAGAGGAGGAACCUGAAAGCGCUUUGGAGGCAUUAGAAAGGAAGCGUCAAAAGGAAAUAGAGGAAUGGCGGAAACAACAGAUAGCUAGUGGAGAAGCUCAGGAAAAUGCCAAUUUUGUUCCUGUUCGUGGUGAUUGGCGUGACCGUGUGAAACGCAGAAGGGCUGAAGCAAAAAAGGAGCCAAAAGACGAGUCUAUUGCAGCAUCAAUAGGUAGUGCUGAACAGCAUAAAGGGUCACCUGAUCUUGCAGAGCUCUCCAAGGGGCUUCCUUCUGGUUGGGAGGCCUACGUGGAUGAAUCUACUAAGCAGGUCUACUACGGGAACAGCCUCACAUCGGAGACGUCCUGGGAGCGACCAACGAAAUGAAGAGAUGAUAGGACUGGUUAGUAGUCUCCAACCGAGGCGCACGGUCAACCAAAUGAAGAUAGGACUAGCGUGAUCAUGCAGUGGCAGCCGUACAAUCUGCUGCUGAUUUUUGUUGUAGAUAUCUCCUUGUUGAGUUCUUCAAAAAGAACGAACAAAAGUUGCCGAGAAUGAUCACGAAAGUAAAGUUUUUAUUAAACCUGUAGCUUCAAUGAGAGAUGGCACAAAAGCUUCCGGAGGACCUUCUUGGACGAAUUGUUUACUACUGAGUUUGAACAAUUCUGGCAGUGGGCAGAGUUGCAGACAAUGCAUGCGCAGUCCGAAUUUAGUUCAAAUUCUCUGCGUAAUGUUUGUAAAAAAAAGAGGUCCCGUGUAAAAUUUUUCUUGGGCCUGUCCCUUGCACA